AUGUCUGUCCGGCGCUCCGCCCGCCUGCGCAGCAGUCAAACGCCUGAGGUGAGUCCCCUAGCAGCGCCUACCCUGGCAAGCCCCGAGGUGCCCUGGAGCCUCGAUCUUUCGGUAACUGACAGUCCUCUCUUCCGAAAGGCUCAGGAAUCAACUCCUCAGCCCGAGAUGGCACGACUUGCAUCUGUCCAGGAGCGCGACGAAACGCCCGCCGAUGAGGCUCCUGUUCGCACACCGUCCACGAAAAAGCAAAUUCCGGUAAAAACACCCACCACGAGCAAGCGCCAGACCGAAGCAAAGACCCCAACCACCGGAUCUGCCGUUCGUCCACCCCGCGAAGAGAUGCACCCAAGCAAGGCCCAUCCGAGCACCACCAAGCAAGCCGACUCUGGCCUGAUCCUUGGCUUCAACCCGAUUAAGAAAGAUGCAGACGGCAAUGUCGUCAAGGAGGAAAGCACUCCUUCCAAGUCGAAGGCAUCUCCAGCUCCCACUCAGUUUGGUACCCCCGGAUACGAGUUCAAGUUUAGCCAGGAUGCUCAGCUCAGCGACGAAGCCAAGCGCCUGAUGGACACGGUCCGCGCAGAGGCUGCGCAGAUUCGGGAGAAGAUGAUCAUGGAUAAGGCGAACGAAAACGGCCAGUCUGAGACAACUCAUGGAGAGCGAAAGAUUGCGAAGCCCAAGGGCAAGGCUGGCCGAUUCAGCGACGUGCACAUGGCUGAGUUCAAGAAGAUGGAUUCGAUUGCCAACCAUCCUUCAUCUUUCCGUGCCGCGCCUGGUCGCUUCGAGCCCGUCACCAAGUCUCUGAAGCGAACCAAAUCGAAGGCACAACUCGAUGAGCCUGAGCCCUCCAACAACUCGUCCAACUCAUCUCCUUCGCGAUCUCCCUUGAAGCCGCCCACUGCCGCCACGCCUGCUGCUGCCAAUGCCAAGCGCGUCAAGCACAACCCUGCCAAUGAGAAGCCUGCCACUCAGGCUGAGGCCAAUCAGCCUGUCCAGUUCAACCCGGCGCAGCUCAAGCAAGAGAAGACGCCCCGUAAGCCUGCCGGACCACGCCCACGCUCCGCAAUUCGGAACUCUUUCAUGACUCCCACCCGAGCUUCCAUGGCUCACACCACCUCGGCCAGUCUUAAGGCCCCAAAGACUUCUCUCAUUCCUUCUCUUGCGCGCUCUCCGGAGACCCGGGCACUGGCAUCUCCCCGAACUCCUCGGACUGAAUUCAACCCGCGUAUCAAGGGCGGUUUGCCCACUCUGGACGGUUUGAAGUCCAUCCUUCGUCGUCGCCAGCCUUUGUUCUCUCGUGACCCAGCCAAGAUUGCUGCUGGCACUCACGUGGCUGCCCCCGACUUCAACCCGGACUCGAUAUUUGCCGAGCAGGAGGAUGUGGCUGACUCUGCUCCCACUCCAUCGCCCAAGAAGCACGUCGAGUUUACUCCUAGCGUCAAGUCUCGUCAUCAACUCGCCGAGGCCUCGCCUUCUCGAUCCAGAAUUCCCACCACCCCAUCUCGCACCAAGUUGUCGGAUAUCGUCUACCCAGCCCUCCCCACCCUUACUCCUGAUCAGAAGGCGACUGCUUCUGAGCCUUCCAACGACCAACCUGCUGCCUCUCCCACAAUUCGCCACGUCCGCAAGUCAAAUGUCGACGAGCAGACCGCUGCUUAUCCCGAAAUUCCUGUCAUUGCCCACGGAAUUGCUCAUGGAAUCGGCAACAAGAAGCGACACCGUGACGAGGUGGAUGAUGAUACCGACAACUCCGAGAAUGUUCCGCCUGCCGAUUCUCAGCCCGAUGAGCGCAGCGUCAAGCGGAUCAAAGCCACCCCCAGCCCAGUCAAGGCUCAGCCUGCGAAGACCCCUUCGCGCACACCUUCUGGUCGCGUCGGCACUCCCGCCAGUUCCAAGCAGAAGCCUCGCGGCGUUCUCAGCUUGAGCCGUCUGAACAUGCUCGCCAAGCCCAAGGGUCGUGCUUAG